AUGACAACAGCACACAGGCCUACGUUUGAUCCGGCUCAAGGCAGGGAGGCCCCUCGUGGGCCAGCUUAUCACCAGCGCCUCCUUCCUGCGUAUAUGACCUUGAAAGUCAGACAACCUGGCCAAGGCAGCGAAGAGGAAGUCCGAAAGCGAGACUUGAGAGCGGAGUUGCUGGCUGCCGAGGCUGCGCACUUCGCGAAGACUAAGGGCACCAAGGAGGAGACAACUACUGAGAAAGUUUCGGCACCUAAACGUCAGCUAGAGGAUGGUACCCAUGACGGUGGUGGGCCCGAAGAGGAAGAGGAUCUGGAAGCCAAACGACGGCGAAUAUUGGAGGAAACACGAGAGAUAGAUGCAGAUUCCAUUGCGUCCGACAGCGAUAGUAGUGAGGAAGAUAGGUGGGUGCCCAUUCCGGAUUCGCAAGGCCAGACUAAGCUGACAAAUUCAGCGAUGACGAAGAGGAUGAAGCUGCCGAGCUCAUGCGAGAAUUGGAAAAAUAAAGAAAGAGCGACAAGCGCAGAAAGAGAAAGAGAACAGGAGCAACGAGAGUACGAGAUUGCCAGGGGUAACCCAUUGCUCAACCCUCAGGAUUUCAAUAUCAAACGACGGUGGGACGACGACGUGGUUUUUAAGAACCAGGCCCGUGGUACAGAAGAAAAGAAGAGCAAGGAAUUUGUCAAUAGUUCAGGAUCUGCUGCGAUCAGACUUUCACAAACGAUUCAUGUCGAAAUACGUGCGAUGAUGUUGCCACUGCAUCCUCCAUGA